UGUCAGCUCAAACAAUUGGAGUUUGAUCUCGAGCUCUUGUCGAGCUGGCUCAAUGAGUUUAAUCAAAUGAACCAUAUGAAUCAAAUGGGUCGGGCUCCGUUUAAUCCGGGCCCUAGGCACUGGGCACCGCCGCCGUGGCCGCCGUUGCCACCUCCACAUUCCUCCUUCUGGACUGGAUCAAAUGUUAGCAGCCACCUCAAAGAACUUCACGAUACUAUAAACCUCGCUAAAGCAAUGCAAAAAGAACAAAAGAUGUUAACUCGGAUGAAAGAAAGCGAAAGAACUACCGAAGGCCACAUUGGGGAUGCCGACAUAUCAAUUGAUAGGUUCUCUAAGUUUAUGAAGGAAAAUAAAAUCAAACUCGACUUUCAAGAAUCUCUAUCGCUGAAUGCUGCAAAUGCCGUAAUGUCGAAACUAAGAUAUCAGCUGGAGCUGUACAGGGUUGUCACGGAUGAGAAUAGCCCGUGGGAGGAAAAAUCUGCUGUAAAAAGGUUAGCUGAUAAAAUGGAAAAGUAUAAACGAAAUAAGCUUUGGCGAAGAAGGAAGAGAAGGCGAAUAGCUCAGAAUUUAGCAAAGGAGCGCGAGCAAUUUGAUCGAUUGGAUAAAGAAGCUGAUGAGUGGAGGGCUCGGGAGGUGGCCAAAGAUGCUGCACAACGCAAGGUAGAAAAGAUGAAGGAAAUAGCCAAGGUUAAGGCAAAAGAAGAAAAGAAACGGCUGGAAUCCGAGCUCGAGCUGGUUUUAAUCGUCGAAAAGCUGCAGGAAUUGCGCUCGUUCAGAAUAGAGAAAUUGAAAAAACAAGGUCAUUUCUUUCCAGAAGAGGAUGACAAGUUUCUCGAACAAGUUAGAGCUGCAGUUGAAGAAGAGGAACGUCAAUCAAUGGCUGCAGCUGAUACAGAUGCCGCUAAAGAUGCUAUUGCUAAUGCUGAGGAAUCGAGAAAACACGUCAAUAGCCAUGCACCAGACUCAGAAGAACUGGGCUUGAGUAAUUUCCAACACAUUAAAAAUCAAGACCAGAAAAACGAGACUGCAAAUGAAAAAGAUUCGAAAUUGGUUGCCACUAAAGAAUCAAGAAAAAUCGACACAACUGGCAGUGCUUACGAUUCUGUCUGUAAUUUGCCCAUGGAAUUUUACCAUUAUUAUCACGGCAGUAAUACUGAUAUGGGCACACUCAUUGAGGUACGAAGAACGUGGGACGCAUAUCUAAGACCCAGAGGAAGCCGUAUACCAGGGCACUGGGUGCAACCGCCACCCCCUACAGAUGAAAUAUGGGCAUCCUAUUUGGUGAAACCUAAAUGAGUUGCAUUGCACUACUCACAAGUGCAGACAAUGGACUUCUUUUUCUUGGUUUCGGUUAAUUUCGCCAGAAGAAAUGACGUGGAGUGGAGAAAACGGAAAACGGCAAGAUUUGCUGAAAUAGAAAAAACCCUGCAAAUAUCAGAAGUAGAAUUUUCACGCCAAAACGGGAUACGAAAUGGCAUUAAAUCUGCAAAGAGAAUGAUGUAAUAUUUGAUCAUUUUUGCCUACGUAUAUUUGUUCUUGUAUAUAAGUUGUUUUUCGUAUCACUAGACUUGCUGUAUAAACUUAUAAGAAACUCUCCAAUAUGUCUUCUUGAUUGUGAAUAUAGAAUAAGGUUAAGUUCAGAGUGAAAUUUUGUGUCGAAUUUUAAGGGAAAGCGGAUGAAUUUUAGGGGUGUACUUAAUUC